GUUUACACCUCUUUGUUGUCAUUUGUCUGUUGUCAUUAUUUAGAAAAUGGCCGCGAAACCAAGUUCUGGUAUUACAGAAGGACAAAUAAUUUCUGAUGAUAUUCCCUUGACAUCCUUGGAAGAAAGUCUUUUAAGUUUGGAAAAACUGGAUCGAGCCUCGCCCGAGCUAUGGCCAGAACAAAUUCCUGGUGUAUCAGAAUUCGCACCACUGCAUAACCCAAAUCAAUCGCCACCCUCAUGGAAUAAAGGACUAACCAAAGAGGACAUGGGCUUAAUUCAGCAACUGGGGUCAUUAACCACAAUUGGUCUUAUAAUGGAGGUAAAAAAACUGCAUGAUCUUGCUUAUCAAUUAGGAUUGGAAGAGGCCAAAGAAAUGACAAGAGGAAAGUAUCUGAAUAUUUUCUCUAAGAAGAACCGAUAGUGAUAUGUGACCUUAGAUUAAUUUUAAGGUGUUAAUAAUAAUUAUAUAAUUAAUAGCUGUACUGGUUUAAAUUAGGAAUAAAUUAUAAUUUUAGUCAAUA